GGACGCUCUUGGCACUAUGGCGGGGAGAGGGCCCGGUAAUGAAAGUUGUGGGGCUAAAGAGCGAGAGGACGGCAGGGGUUGACAGAUUUAUCUCUGGGAGGGGAGUUCGUUUGCAUGAGUGGCUCCUUUGGUGCUCGAAAACUCCUCCGUGGGGAUGACGGUGCUGUGGUGAGAGCAGGUGCACACUUGGCUAUAUACUGGGUUGUGGAGAUGAAAAAGAUAUGAUUGUUGCUCUAAAGGAGCAGAGAGCCUAGAAGAGGAAACAGACAUGAAUAAAGAAUUGCAUUGAAGCCAGAUGUAUGAUAAAGGUGAUUGCCCACAGUGAGUAUCAGAAGUCCAAAAGAAUUUCCAUCUUUCUGAGCAUGCAAGAUGAAAUUGAGACAGAAGAGAUCAUCAAGGACAUUUUCCAACGAGGCAAAAUCUGCUUCAUCCCUCGGUACCAGUUCCAGAGCAAUCACAUGGAUAUGGUGAGAAUAGAAUCACCAGAGGAAAUUUCUUUACUUCCCAAAACAUCCUGGAAUAUCCCUCAGCCUGGUGAGGGUGAUGUUCGGGAGGAGGCCUUGUCCACAGGGGGACUUGAUCUCAUCUUCAUGCCAGGCCUUGGGUUUGACAAACAUGGCAACCGACUGGGGAGGGGCAAGGGCUACUAUGAUGCCUAUCUGAAGCGCUGUUUGCAGCAUCAGGAAGUGAAGCCCUACACCCUGGCGUUGGCUUUCAAAGAACAGAUUUGCCUCCAGGUCCCAGUGAAUGAAAACGACAUCAAGGUAGAUGAAGUCCUUUACGAAGACUCGUCAACAUCUUAAGUCUGGAUUACUACAGCCAAAUAAUCAGUGUUUUAUAUGAGAGUAAAGCAAAGUAUGUGUAUUUUUCCCUUGUCAAAAACUAGUUGAAAUUGUUCAUUAAUGUGAAUACAGACUGCAUUUUAAAAUUGUAAUUAUGAAAUACCUUAUAUAAAACCAUCUUUAAAAACCAAUAGAAGUGUGAAUAGUAGAAUAUUAAUUAAAAUGGAGGCUAUCAGCCUGUGAUUUUCAGCUUAA